AUGGAAUAUUCAGUUAUAAGAACUUUGUUAUUUUAAAGUCUCCUUCGAGCUCCGAAGAACAUCGUGGAGCAACGUGCUGUUGAUCCACCAGCGGAAAUGUCUGACCCUGAAAGUAACCACCGGUCUCCUACCCCGCCCCAUGCACUCCGCCGCCGCGGUCACCAAACUUUAAGACGAAACUCUGACCGUCAUUCUUACGCUGGAUUGGAUAGAUCUCCCCGUUUUCCGGAUUUCCUUCACCCCCCUAGGAACAAUGAACUAAACUGGAACCUUAGGGGGAAUUCCCUAAUCAGUGAUAUUGAUAUACGGAGAACAGAAGAACUGGUUCCUGAGCAAUCGGGUGCUGCAAAUUUCGCGCCUUUUCCACGAAAUGGGGUACUCGCAACGAAAGGAGUAGAAGCAGUAUGGAAUAUGGAUUCGACACAAGACAUUACGGUACACUUGGACUUGGAAUGUGAUGAGAGUAUUGAAGCUCAUGUUGAAGAGCUUUCUAGACUGAGAAGGCUAGGCGAUUUCGAGGCUGCGUUGCAAUAUAUUGAGUCGUGUCCAGAUGAGUGUAGAAAUAAUAUGGACUUUGCUGUCAACUACGCAGAUAUCUUGUUAAUGCAAGGCGAUCUUGACUAUAAAAAGCUUGAAAGGUUGGGAUUGACCUUCCCCAAAAUAUACCAGCAAUGCAUAGAUUGCGCAAUCUUCAAAAUGAAAUUUGUACGGGCCUCGGGCUCUGAAUUCGAUUAUGACGCAUGCAAUCUCCUGGAGCUUGAAAUGGCUAAGGAGCUGAAGCCAGAUUUUCCUCGACUCGAUUCAAUGCAGGUAAAACUUCUGUGCAAUUGGUUGCGGCUAGAUGAAGCGUCCAAUAUAGCAAAGAGAGUUUCCACAGCCGAAUGGAAGACCCUCUACAAUCAUCUCGCUUCCCAAAACCGUGUCUCAGAUAUGCGAGAUCUGUUCCACACAUUGUCAGAAAGCGAUGUCAUGUCCGCAAUCCAUGGUUGGUUUGAAAUGGAUCUGGUUUCCGAGAACUCCAUAAGCGACUUUGUCGCACGAUGGACUGAAUUACGCGACAAAUUUACAGACAUUGCUCUUCUUGACGUUUUGGCCUCAAUGUGUUUACAGAUAUUCUUGAAUUACGUGUACCCUCGCAAAGAAUAUGUGAGGCACGCUAGUCAAUGUAUAGAAUAUGCUCGGCAAUUCGCCAAUUCUGUCAGUAGCAACAGUCCCGAAGACACUAAAUCCGAGUCCUACUUGACAUGGAUCUUGGCAGAGGAAAAAUUGUCGAGAAUCCUAAAAAGGAGCGAACCCCGCUUAAUUAACCAUUUCAGAGGUUUUCCUGGUAUUGUCAUUUGGCAACGCGAUCUUCCAAUUUAUGUUCCCUUUUCAAAUGAAAACCCAGGCUGGGUCAUAGAUGAGCCACUCAGACGGUCCGAUGACCUGCUGGAACUCGGGCUGAAUACAGCACGGGAAUUGGGCAAUUUUUCGUUGGAAGGGAAAUUCUUGGAAGAAAUCAUUCUUGGUUCCCAGGCCCCGCUAGAACUACUGAGAGAGAGGGCGCGUCUACAGAAAGAUGUUCAACGAUACCGGCAAGGCUAUCUUGCAACAUGUCUGACAAGGUAUCUUGUGGCAGCAAAUGAAACGGUGCAAAGAGAACUGUACGAUGACUUAAGCAAUUUUGAUGAUGAAGAAAUCGGAUUUCCUGUCGACCGUGGUGAUGCUAUCAUGUUAAAAUGGUGUCAGAACAGAAUUCAAAGAGCAUUAUGCAUUUCUCUCAGGGGGACCAAGGAACAGCUGGACAUUCAUACGCGGAAAGAAGUAUUUUUACAUAAGAAGGUUUCAGAGAAUCACCCUGAGCUCUUUGAAAGCAAUAUGAGAGCAAUGGCAGUGAAUGAACAGAACGAUUCUUCUCUUAGGAUUGGUCGGAAUCAUAAUGAUAUCUCAUACCAAAGGUAUGAGAAAUCCUCUGUUGCUAAGGACGAAAGAUAUUGGGAAAACAGACCAAGAAGAAUGUUUGAAAGCAUAAAUACUGAUACUAUCGAGCUUCCAAGAGAAGAAAUGCAGUCGGAGAGCGAUAUGAAUGGAUCAGAGGGAAGAAUAUAUUCAAGUGACAGAGAUAGAUGGGCGCAAGGGAAGAAAACUGCACGAUCCUUAGGAAAACACAUCUUUGCACCACAGCAGGCUAAUGGAGUCCAUAUUAAUGGGAUAGGGCGGACAGGGGCCCGAGGGUCAUUAUAUGGGAACACAAGCGAUGAAGAUGACAUUCAUGGCGAAGACGAUCCACAUCACACGGUCACUCAGAAUAGAUACGAUACAGAUGCACAUCAAUCAGAAACCUCUGCCUCUGUAUAUUACAGCGAUCAAGAAUCGCUUGAUAAUUGAUGAUAGCAGUAUGGCAUCAAGAAUAGCAGGCAAGUCAAAAGAAUGAGAGACAUCGAUUAGUACUAUAGCUAGUCUGCACUUGCUUCAAUCAACCACUAUUGCUUUUAUGCAUCAAUUGAAGGCGAGGCUAAAAACUCCUAGCAUUACCAAGUUAUCUUAUCAUUUUCUCCCAUCUUGUUCUGUCCGUUCUUCAGUCAUGCUCUAUGUAUCGAUCACUGAUAAUCAAUUCUCUCUCCUGGGAUGAGAGAUUACCGUUAUUCACCAAGAUUAUCUUUCUCGUGAGUAUUCUCUCAGGUCCUGGGUUUUGAUAUAUUUUUCCAUUCCACCUCAUCCAAAUAUUUCAAUUUUGAAUCGAUCAUCUUGUCCAUCCUGUGAAUUUCCCCUCAUAUCAUGCGAUCCGAUUCUACUUCUCAACUUCUAAUCCAUUACAAUAUUAAUAUGCUGAGCUGAGGUAAUGAAUCAAUUCCCAGUCAGAACGAAUAACCGUACUCAGCUACCUAUUCAAUGGUUCUUUACGCGUAGAAAUGGCCGUGGAGAUAGCAGUAGCCAGUGGAAGUGGAACUUAUUAUUCGCAUGCACAAAAUCUAUGCUCUUUUCAUAAUACAGGUCAUUCAGACAAUGGCCAUUAUCAAAAUACAUCUCGAUCCGAUGGAAGCGGAUAUCCUGCCUAUACAGCUGGUAGUCAAUAAUACGACCUCUGAAACGAGAGGGCCGGUGGAGCCUGCGGUGAUGUUAACACAAGCGAGAUAAUUACUGUCGAGCCACGCCAUUAAGAGAGAGCACCCGCUCCUCAUGAUAGUACUGCUUCUAAUAGCCGUCCCUCGAGAAGAGGAAAGGAGCGUAGUCAUCGCUAGCGUAAUCAGAUACAUCGAGGGCUCUUGAAAGUAGGAAGAUAGAUAGACAUUGGGAAUUAGGUGUACUGAUCAUUCUGAUGAAAACAAAUAGACAAUGAAAGUUCUGUUCCGCGGGUUGCACGAUACAACAGAUGCCAGGCAUGCUGGUCACCGUGAUUGGAAUGGAUAGAAUACAAGAGGUCUAAUAUGCCUGCCGCACGACUGAGAACAUAGAUAGACAAUGAACGUUGCUUUUACAC